AAUGUUUCCUGCCUGGAUCGGGCGGUUAGUGAUGUAAGAGAAGAUUACUACACAGAGUAAAGCAGAGAGACUGCCAGUCGGAUCACUCCCUCAUAGCUCCGGGAGCAGGGCAGGUGUGGGGCGAGAGAGAGCGAGACAGAGAGAGUAUAUGAUAGAGAGACAGAGAGAGUAACUAAAGUAAAGAGUAGAAAGAGAAAGUGAAGAAGGGAGGGAGAGAAAAUACAGCGAGAAAAAGACGAGUGAAAGGAUAUAAGAGCGAGGAAAGGGUGAAAGAGUGAGAGACGGAGAAAGUAGAGACAGCGUCAGAAUGUAUGAAGAAAGUCUAAAGAGCUAGAGAGAGGGAGAGCAAGCAAAGGAAGAGUAUCGAGGGAGAGAGAGGCACAGAAAAAUAUAUUUAGAGAGAUACAAAUAUUUACAUAUAGCUAGAAGGAAACUAGAGGGUGAGAAGGAGACAUCUGGAGACGCCUGGAAAUAGAGAGGAAAGAGCCCCCCGUAUCUUCUGGAUCUUUUUUGGAUUUAAAUCUAAUUGGAGCAAGGUGGGAAGAUCUGCAGGAUGGAAGCUAAUAAGGGUCGGAUCACGUGUUCCCUGGCUUUUGCUGUCUCGGUCGCUGCCAUUGGUUCCCUGCAGUUCGGAUAUAACACCGGCGUCAUCAACGCUCCCGAAAAGAUCAUCAAAGCUUUCUAUAAUGAGACGUACGAGCAGCGCUACGGAGAGUUUAUCCACGAGGGGCUGCUGACAUCACUCUGGUCGCUCUCCGUGGCUAUCUUCUCCGUUGGGGGGAUGUGUGGAUCUCUUUCAGUGGGGUACUUAGCGAACCGAUUCGGCAGGAGGAACGCCAUGCUCCUGGUGAAUAUCGCCGCCCUGCUGGGUGGCGCUUUCAUGGCUCUUUCUGAAGUGGCCCGGUCACCGGAGAUGCUGAUUAUCGGACGGUUUAUCAUUGGGAUUUUCUCCGGCUUCUGCACUGGUCUGGUGCCCAUGUACAUCGGGGAACUGGCGCCAACCAGACUUCGCGGAGCUCUCGGCACCCUAAACCAGCUGGGCAUCGUGGUGGGAAUUCUUAUUGCUCAGAUUUUUGGCUUGGAUGAAAUCCUUGGAUCUGUGACAUUUUGGCCCCUUUUACUGGGUGUCACUGUUUUUCUGUCGUUGAUCCAAUGCGCGCUUCUUCCCCUGUGCCCCGAGAGCCCGCGGUACCUGCUGAUUAUUAAAAAUGAGACGCAGCAGGCGGAAGCCAUCCUACAGAAGGUACGCGGCGAGCAGGACGUGUCCGGCGACAUCAAGGAGAUGAAAGAAGAGAGCGAGCAAAUGUCUAAAGAGAAGCCGGUGUCCUUCGUUGAAUUAUUCCGCUCCAGACAAUACCGGCAGCCGAUCAUCAUCGCCAUCGUCCUCCAACUAUCACAGCAGUUCUCCGGGAUUAACGCCGUGUUCUAUUAUUCCACCAGAAUAUUUGAAAAUGCCGGGGUCCCUCAUCCGGUAUACGCAACGAUCGGGGCCGGCGUGGUGAACACCGUGUUUACCGUGGUGUCGCUGUUUUUGGUAGAACACGCAGGACGCCGGACAUUACAUCUCACCGGCCUUGGGGGGAUGGCCAUCUGUGCUGUUAUAAUGACCAUUGCUCUGAAACUAAGGGAAGUUGCCAUGGGAUGGAGCUACGUCAGUAUCGUGGCCAUCUUUGGAUUCGUCGCUCUCUUUGAAAUUGGUCCUGGGCCCAUCCCUUGGUUUAUUGUGGCCGAGCUCUUCAGUCAAGGACCCCGGCCAGCAGCCAUGGCCGUAUCUGGAUGCUCCAACUGGACCGCAAACUUUCUUGUGGCCAUGUUGUUCCCUUACGCAGAGAGAGGCUGCGGACCCUACGUUUUCCUUAUUUUCUUGGUCCUUCUCAUUUUGUUCUUCAUCUUCACCUUCUUCAAAGUUCCCGAGACCAAGGGGCGGACGUUCGAGGAGAUCUCAAGGGACUUUCAGAGAACAAGAGAUGCGGAGCCCAGGGAAAAACGCAACAGCGUGGAACUGACGAACGUCAAAGUCUCCCCGGAGCCCACAGAGUAAGGGCCAGAGACAGCUCCAUGGCAUCCCUUCUCCUGCCGAUCACGGGGGGAACCCCAUGCUCUGUAUAUGUAUUCAGGGGUGACUGUUCUAUGGGAAUUGCAGGUCAUAUGAAGCUCUCACAAUAAUGUAAUGCUCUGCAGGCAUUUGGGAACGCUGGCUAAAUGUUCUGCUGACUCUAAUAAUGAUGGCGCGAUGUUCAGCUGGCCUUAAACCUCAUCUAUCUAUACGUAAUGAAGAACAAGGUGGAUAACCCAUUAGAAGUAACGAGGACCCCCAAUAUGUGUCCUGCAUAGAAGGGGAAUGGUGACCGGCACUGGGCACCCAUUUGGAAGGAAGAUCUGGCUACAGCCAACACGUCUUCCUGAGCCAAAAUAUUCUUCCUGGGUGAGAAAUGGCUGAGGAUAAUGGGAGCUGAAUCAUCUGUCAAUCAUCUGUUGGAAAUAUGUCAACUCGUAUCACUGGGGCCAGUUGUAAAAAAAAACCCCAAUAAUCCAGAGCUUUCCAGGUGGGGGGUGGGGUGGGUUGUUGUGGGUUUUUUCUUAAUAGAUUUUUAAUUGUAUCUGUAAAUAUGGAUUUUUAUUACACAGAGAAACAUGUAAAUUCAAUCUAAAUGUAACUUAAAAAUUAUAUUAUGUUCA